UUGUUUUGCUGCCAUUGCUUUAAAAGCAAGCAUCAUGGCAAAACAAAAAAACAUUGAGGAGUCGUCAUGGGCAGCAAACAACAAAAAACACAGGAAUGCUGCCCGUGUUGUAGAUUCUGCCCGCACUGCUGUUAAGAAAUUGGAAAUGCUGGGCUACAAGCCAUUGUUGUUUAUUUCGAAAGAAAAAAAAAAAAGGAUUCAACGCAGAGCUAAUAACAACAAUUGGUCCAUUUGGAGAGGGACCACAGCAAAAAAUUAUAGAUAAAAUGGCCAGCCUGUACGAAGUUUUUAUUAAAAAUUUCCAGAGGUUUCAGAAUUUGGCUGCAACAGACCCUGAUGUCUGCCAAAACCUACCAUCAUCCGUUUCUCCUCCAGCUUCUAUUCCUCCAUCAUCUUUCUCAAGCCUUCCUCCUCCACCAUCUUUCCCAAACCUUUCUCCUCCACAAACUUCCUCCAGCUUUCCUCCUUCAUCUGCUGUUCCUCCACCAUCUUUCCCAAACCUUUCUCCUCCACAGUCUUCUUUCAGCUUUCCUCCUUCAUCUGAUGUUUCUCCACCAUCUUUCCCAAAUCUUCCUCCUCCACAAUCUUCUUCCAGCUUUCCUCCUUCAUCUGCUUCUCCACCUUUAUCUUCCAACCUUAUUCCUCCAACUAAUUCCUCAAGCUUCAGUCCUCCUACCUCCUCUUACAUCACCCCUCUUCCACCUGCCUCUUCUUACAAAACACUUCCUGCUCCACCGCCUACUUCCCUCACUACUACACCUACUUCCUCUCUAUCAAGUCCUGCAGUCCAGUGCAUGACUACAGAUUCCGGUGAUUCAGAUUUAUUCUCCAGAGAAAGUAUCAUAAAAGGGGACAAACAAAAGAAGUGGAUCUACAAACAAGCAGAAUGCCAAGUACAUUCCAACCAGAAAACCUUUCCAUAUGACAGGAUUGUGAAAAGGAGGAUGUCCAAAGAAGGUGUUGAAGAGGCCAAAGUCAGAUGGAAGCCGUGUUCUGCAUGUGGGAUGAAAUGGAAAGACUCCUGGGAGCCAUUAAAUCACUUUUUGUAAAAUACAGUGGGUUAUAAAAAACUGCUGUUGU